AUGGCUCCUCCUGACGAGGUGACAGCUGCGCCUGAGGUGGUGGGCAAAGGCGAGAAGGACGAGAAGAAGAAUGCGGACGAAACGACUGUCACUCGCAGCUCGAUUCAUUCGAGGCAGGCGUCCGGUCAGCAUGUCAAUGGUGAUGUCGAGAAACAUGGCGCAGGCCCUGAGUCCUCGCCUCUGCCUGCUCUCAAGCGGAAGCUCAAGAGCAGGCAUUUGCAGAUGAUUGCAAUCGGUGGCACCAUCGGAACUGGUCUCUUCAUCGGUAGCGGAGGUGCUAUUUCCAAGGCAGGGCCGGCCGGGGCGCUUAUUGCAUAUCUCUUCGUGGGGACGAUUGUCUACUCGGUCAUGACCUCCCUGGGCGAAAUCGCGACAUAUAUCCCGAUCCCCGGAGCCUUCACCUCGUACGCGACGCGACUGAUCGAUCCCAGCCUGGGUUUUGCCAUGGGCUGGAUCUACUGGUUCUCGUGGGCGAUCACUUUCGCCCUGGAGUUGACAGCCACGGGAUUGAUCAUCCAAUACUGGGACCAGACCAUCUCGAUCGGUAUCUUCAUCGCCGUCUUCUGGGUCUUAAUCACAGUUAUCAACUUCUUUCCCGUCAAUUUCUACGGUGAGAUGGAGUUUUGGUUCUCCAGCAUCAAGGUCAUCACCGUCAUCGGAUUCAUGAUCUUCGGCAUCUGCAUCGAUGCCGGAGCUGGCCAGCACGGGUAUCUUGGAUUCCACACCUGGAAGGAUCCCGGGGCAUUCGCUCCCUACCUACUUGAUUCCGAUGGUGCCACGGCCAAGUUUGUCGGAUUCUGGGCGGUCCUGAUCCAGGCAGGAUUCUCCUACCAGGGCACCGAGCUGGUUGGUAUUGCUGCCGGUGAGACGGAGAACCCUCGCAAGACGGUACCUUCGGCCAUCCGCAAAACUUUCUACCGCAUUCUUAUCUUCUUCGUCCUGACCGUCUUCUUCAUUGGCCUGUUGGUGCCCUAUACGAACCAGGACCUGCUGUCGAACGCCACCAACGCGUCUGCAUCACCCUUCGUCAUCGCCGCCAAUCUUGCCGGUGUCAAGGUCCUGCCGCAUAUCAUCAACGCGGUCUUGCUGACGGUGGUCCUUUCCGCCGCCAACUCGAAUGUCUACAGUGCGAGCCGGAUUCUGAUCGGUCUCGCUCAGGAGGGAUUCGCGCCCCGGAUCCUGAAACGCACGUCCAAGGGGGGCGUACCGUACUAUGGGGUCGCGGUGACGUCUGCAUUCGGCCUGCUGGGCUUUCUGAACUUGUCGAACGGCGGCGGCACCGUGUUCAACUGGCUGGUCAACAUCUCGGGGGUGGCGGGGUUCAUCAGCUGGUCGUCCCUGAAUGCAUGUCACAUCGCCUUCAUGCGGGCCCUGGCGGCGCGCAACAUCUCUCGGGACCUGCUCCCUUACAAGGCGAUGUGGCAGCCGUACUUCGCCUGGUACGGGCUGUUCUUCAACGUCUUGAUCAUCCUGACCCAGGGCUUUACGGCGUGGAUCCCCAGCUUCAGCGUGACGGACUUUUUCGUCAGCUACGUCAGCCUGAUCCUCUUCGUGGUGCUGUACCUCGGGCACAAGCUCGUCUUCCGGACCCGGUUUGUGCGUUCGAUCGAGGCGGAUCUGGACACGGGGCGCGUCGAGGUCGACAACGAGGUCUGGGAGACCAAGGAGCCGACGACUCUGUGGGGAAAGAAUAGUCCUUGUUGUUGCGUACUAUACAUGUCCUUGAUGAGGUCUGCUCUUUGCAUAGAUAAUAACUCUUCUCCUGUCUCCCUGAUUGCCUAA